AUGAAAUCGUGCAUUGUAAGUAUCGGUUAUCAGCGAUUUUACGAUCAUCACAAAGCUCUAGUUAUUUGUGCUGGACGACCAGCAGCAAAUCGCGGUACGGUUUCUGGCUAUGCAACAUUUCAGGAUGUUCACAAUCAUAAAGAAGUAAUUUUCUCUCUUGUGUUUAUGCGAAUAAUUGGUCUCCCUGUUUAUUUUAUAAGCGAUUUUUCAACGUGUGUUUUUGCUUUGCUUUCCAUCUUGUUAGUAGUUCUCAGAUAG